AUGGCAUCGUCUUUUAGUACCUUAACUUUGGGGCCAACAAUUCGACAACUGCCCACCGAAAUACUGCACCAUAUAGCCUCUUUCCUGGUUCCUGACACGACAUUGCAUGUCAUGGAGGGCAUGGGUAUCAGCUUUGCCGAAGGCAUGCCCCCCCGCACAAGAUUCGCCUGUGAGCUUUCAGCGCUGCGACAUUUCGCACUCGUUUGUCGGCGAUUUCGCGCAGUAGCCGAACGUAUACUCUACCGAGACAUAUGUCUUCCGGAACCUUCGCUUGCCAAAGUUUUUGGUCUGUUCCAGUAUCCAGUGUCUUCCGUACCGUACCUGGCUCGUACACUGAUGGAGAGACCAGAUCUCGCCGCUCACACAGUAUCACUCAAGGUAUGGAUUGGAGACCGGCGACUAGUUGCAAGAGCAGACGAGCCAGACCUAUACGAAACAAAUCCUUAUUAUAGCAUAUUCAAGGCUGCCUGUGCACACCUACAAAAUCUCACAAUGACGCUUGACAAGCGCGGUCUCUGGUUGCACGAACUACGCAAAUACCAACAACUCGACAUUACCGCUGUGGUUAUUAGUCUGCUUCCACGACUCAAAUCUCUCGAACUAAUGUGGCCCUGGUCGCUCAGGCGUCUAUUCUCUAGUGUAGAUGCUCGUGGCAGGGACCGUCCAUUCCACGAACAACCAAACUAUUCAUGCCUGGACAUAGCGCUUCGCCACAGCUCCAUAUCGUCGAUAUAUAUUGCUUCCCAUGCGCCCAUCAAGACAUUCCCCACAGCCUCGCUGACUACGCUGGCCGAGACUACUGCCAUACUCCCCAACGUCCGCAGUCUGACAGUGACACUAAACGUUAAUCUCGUAAGGCUCAUCCCCUUUGACAUUGCCAUGCGAAGGAUGCACCCCAUGGCCGGCCUACAAAUCUUCCUCGGACGCAUGGUCCCCAACCUCAGGGCCUUUGCGAUCGAACCUCCCAAAGGCACAGAGCCACACUUCUCCCAGCAAUACGACCGAUGGGGCGGGAAAAUUACUGCGUCCCGCAUGGACAAAGACCCCCAGGAUCUAGAGUGCAAUUCUUCUCCGAAUGUGUUCCCCGGGAACACCUUCUGGACGUCCUUACUUGCCACCUUGCAGCCAGUCGAAACCCAAUUGCUGCAUCUCUCGUUGCCGGCAAACUGGUACUCGUCGACUGGCAGGCUUUUCAAGCCGAUGCCCAUUCUACGCCGCUUUCGCAGGCUCAAGUCGCUGCAUCUUCCCAAGGUCGCUAUCAUUUGUAAUCCGUACGCGCGAGACUACGACAAGGAUAACAACGUGAGGCAUGCGGUUACUUUCUUGCCGCACGGACUGGAGAAGCUCACUCUUACGCAGGCGGAUACUGAGACGUGUAUAUGGGUGCAAGAGGGACUUUGUGCGAAGUAUUUGUUGCCGAGGUUGAGAGAGGUUCACUUGGUGUUUCGGGAAGACUACUGGCCGAUUUUGCCGUCUGGAUUUGCAGACGAUGUGAGGGAAGCGGGUGUUAGGGUAUUCAUGCAGUGGAAGGGGCGUUGUACGGAUGUUUGAAGAGGUAGUCUUGAGCGACAUGCGUCCGGAUCUUUGUCUUACUAUUGUAGGAUGUC